CCAUGACAUCAUCAUUGCAUCAUUUCCUACCACGACCACAUCCGUCUCUUCCGGGGUCCUAACAGCAAUUAAAAAUUUUAGCCCGUGGGUCAAAUCCGUGUUUAGAUCUUUGUAUCAAAACUCAAAAGAAUGGAUUCUUCUCAGAAACCAGUGGUUGCUUCUGUACCUCCUAGACCUAGUAAUGAGGUAGUAAAUGAAGCUUCAUCUUCAUCUCUUUUAUGUCCAAGGUGUAAUGACUCAUAUACUGACCCACGUCUCCUCUCUUGUCUCCAUUCCUUUUGUACUCCUUGCCUUCAGUCACUGGUUGAUGGAAAGGCCUCAAAGCAGACCGUUACUUGUCCAACAUGUCGUGAGAUUACUAAACUACCUAAAGGAGAUGGGGGCAUCACAUCUCUCCCUUGCAACUUGCAUUUGAUUAGCAAUCAAGAAGACAUUUUGCUCAAAAUCACGUCUUCUUCCACUUCUCCAUCGUGUAACUCCUGUGAUGAUGGGGCCGGAUGUGCCGUUGCUUAUUGCACUGACUGUAUGGAUUUUCUCUGCCAAACUUGUUGGGGUGCUCAUCAAACAGUUAAAGUCACUCGCUCUCAUUCAUCGUUCACCUUAGAAAAAGCACGGGCUAUGCCAAGAGGGGAUCUGCUCAAACUCCUCCCGUCUUCUUCUCUCUCGUGCCAUGACCAUCCUCGGCAGGAGCUUGACUUCUACUGCAACCAGUGCUCAGUACCUGUUUGUGUUAAGUGUACCAUCAUCAGUCACAGGGACCAUACUGUGACUGAGGCUAAACCACAAGCAGUAAAGACAAAAGAAGAGCUUACUAAAGUCAUGACUGCUGUCCAUGAGAGUGAAGAGAAGCUAAAAGCUGUUCUUGAUGCAGGAGAAAGAACAAAUGAGAUGAUUAGAAAGCAAAAGGACGAAGUUGAUACCCUCAUACGUCAGAGUAUUGCCAGUCUUCAGAAGCUGCUGGAAGGAAGAGAGCAGUCAUUAAUAGAGAAGAGCAAUGAUGUCUCAUUAGCCAAGCAAACUCGUCUCUCUCGCCAGCUUGAUACUUUCAAAUCUUUAAUGGAAGACAUGAAAGCAUGUCAGGAUCUGUCACAGACUGCUGUCAGAGAUUAUGGUGAUGUGGAAUUACUUUCUAUUGCUCAUACACUCCAGGCCAGAGCCACUGAGCUCCAGGAGAAGUUUUCUGGUACGUCACUCACUCUGUGUGAGAGCCCGUCUGUUAAUAUUGAGAUGAAUGUCAGUAAAAUUGCAUCAGGUAUAGCGUCACUUGGUACAGUCAAUGGUGUUGAUCCUAUUUGUCCUGAGGAGACUACAGCUGAGAUACCGUCAUGUAUUCACACAGUUGGCAAAGAGCUACAGAUUAAAGUAAUAUCAAGAGAUUCUACUGGCAAGAGGUUAAAUAAAGGAGGUGCUCGUGUUACUGGUCAAAUUGCAUGUAAAGGAGGAGGAGGAGGAAAGAAACACGUUUCUGCUACUAUUAUUGACUCUGGUGAUGGCACCUACACUGCUUCUUUUAUUCCUCAGCAAUUUGGACAACAGAAAAUUACUCUUUCACUCAACGAUGGACCAAUCAAAAAUAGUCCAUUUAAUUUGUACAUUAGUCGAGACUAUGCAAGCAUAUCUUCUCUCAAGGGACCAUUGGUUACCAUAUCUGAUAUAGAUUCACCUUUUUUCAUAGCUAUAGCAGAUAAUGGAGAUGUAUUUGUUACCAGUCACUUUCACCAUUGUGUUUACGUCUACAGUAGUAAUGGAGACUACAAGAGAGUGAUAGGAUCAAAGGGGAAAGGCCAGUUACAGUUCCUGCAACCUGCAGGUAUAGCAAUCAGUGGUAAUACAGUCUAUGUGGCUGAGAAUAAUGGCAAUAGAAUACAAAGGUUUACUAGGAAAGGAGAAUUUAUUGACACGUUUGGCAGUGAAGGCUCUGGGAAAGGACAAAUGAAAUAUCCUUGGGGCAUAUGUCUAGACAGUAAUGGGAAACUGUAUGUUACUGAGUAUGGUAAUAACCGAGUUCAAGUCUUUAACAAAGAUGGUAGCCACUCUCACUUUAUUAAUGCAACAAGUAAUAAAAUGGAUCGAAGGUUUGACACACCAGAGGGUGUAGCCAUUGAUGCCAGUGGUCGUCUUCAUGUGACUGGUUUCAACUCAAACAAUGUUGCUGUUUUCACACUUGAUGGAACAUUCAUUAACAAAUAUCCGGUCAAGCAGAGCCCUUGUGGGAUUGCAUUUGAUCCAGUUGGAAAUCCUCUGCUUAGCAUGAAUGGUGGGACGUCAAAGAUUGGCGUAUUUGACUCUUCUUAUAAUUUGAUUGCUUCAUUUGAUAAGGUGUUUAAUGUAAGAGGGAUUGCAGUUGCUAAUGAUGGAACAAUAUGGGUUGCUGAAAUAGGACAUAGCAGGCUCUUAAAUUUUUAAUGAUUAAUUUUUACUUUUCUAAAUCUAUAUUCUGUUUCCUUCUCCUCUCGGGGGUCUGGGAAAAUUUU